CCAAAUCCUCUCUCGCUCUUCCUUUCCUUCUUUGAACUUCGAGAAAGUCACUGAUGCAGACUCAUGAUGCUGACUGGGAGCUAUAAUGUUUAAAGCUGGAAUACUCAUAACAAGUCACAUUCUGUGAAGCAACAGGACACUACAGCAUUGGAAGCUGGUACAAGUGCAACUAUGAGCAACAAAGUGUGGUUUUUCCUUUGCCUGGUUUUCUUGGAAACGCAUCUGGUCAUGGGAAGGGGAAUAGCUGUGCAAGAGAAGGCAGAUGCAGCAAUUCCAGUCACAACCAUGUCACCUCCAGAAGGCAAUACAACUUUCCUUGAUGGCACAACAUAUUGUGUGGCCCUUCCCGGCGCUUCCCAAGUCGAUUUGCAGAAUGCUCUAGACUGGGCUUGUGGCCUGGGAAUGGCUGAUUGUACUGCCAUCCAAGGAGGUGGGCCAUGCUUUGAUCCAGACACUUUGGUGUCUCAUGCAUCAUAUGCAUUUAACAGCUACUAUCAACAAAAUGGGAAUUCUGAUAUUGCUUGCAAUUUUGGUGGAACUGCCACUCUCACAAGGAAAAACCCUAGUUAUGGAAAGUGUAACUAUGCUGCAUCUGGAUCCGCACGUUCUUCAAAUGCAGCUCCAGUGGGGAAGUAUAAUCCGAGUUUCAAGUGGCGGAAACUUGCUGUUCUGGUACUGCUUUUAUACUAUGGGAGGCAGUGAUGAUGAUGAUGAUGAUGGAAUUGAUAUCUUGAAACUUCAUUUGAACAAACAUGCUAGCUGGGAAUGUCAUGUAAUGAAAGAAAAAGAAAAAGAGAAGAAAAGAUAGGGAGGGAGAACCUCCAUUAGCAUUUUUGUAGUUGUGUUUGUGCUAAGAAAUUCCUUGCUUUCAUGUUGGGACAGAAUCUCUCACUGCAAAUCUUUAAAAGUUUCGGUGUGAUUUGUACCCAUUGUGCGUAUGUUCUUCUUGUCUCUUGAUUGCG